UAUUAUAUUUUAAUGUAAUUCAAUAAUUGUUUUCAUUUUCAGUGAUAUAGGUGUACAGAGGGUUAAACCCUCUAUAUAUCAUGUUAAUGAGACAAUUUAUGCCAAUAUCAGCACUUGUCCAGUUGGUCCUGAACAAGGUGAUGUCUGCUCAACAGGGGCAUUGAGAGAGGGGGGAAAGGUGAUUCCCAAGACCCCAAAAAAUAGGCCCCCAGGUCCCCCGCUGGACAUUGGCGAAAAGUGAAGGGCGCUGAUCCAGAUGGACCAAUCACAUUUGUUUUUGAUUACUGUAUGAUCAUUUUUAAAAAUGAAUGUAUUUAAGAUUUGUAUGGUGCUUUUUGCUUCGUAUUUCAGAUAUAUGUAAUUAUAGAAAAUAUGUUUAAAAAUAAUAUUAUAUUUUGAUGUAUAAAUGUUUUCAAAGCUUUCAAUGCAGCCUAGUUGUGGAUUCAUGCUUUGAGCCUCCACAAGCCCAUGUGUGGACGAGGCUGUGUUUUUCAUUUCCUGUGUCUUCGGUCACUCUGUGGUGGUUGUCGCUUCCCCUGACUCAGCUGCUGGUUAAAUGUGAACGGUUUUAAAGAAAUAUUAUCCUAUAUAAAGUUCCUCAAAUAUUAUAUACCAGAAUGUCUAACACCGUGGUAGUUACUACAACUACAACCACAACAUCCACCUCGGAUGGAGGAUUUUGCAACAUCGGUUAUGCGCGUUCAUUUCAAGGAUUACUGAAAAUCGGCCAAGUGGUGAUCCUCCUAAUUGCUUUCCUUUGUGUGUACUGUGAGGAUCGGCGGAUUGAAUACUCUGCCUUCAACUACUUUGAGGUGGUCACUGCAUGGUUUCUCAUCAUCUUCUCAGUCUUCUUCCUCAUGCAUUUGUUUCGACUUCAAAGCAAGAUCACAUGCAUCAACUGGAUGUUGACGGAGUUUUUACAUUAUGCUGUGGGAGGAAUCCUGGUCUUUAUCGCCUCAAUAGUUGUAGCUGUGAAGAGUUAUGGGGUCUCAGCUUUGAUUGCCGGAUCUGUGUUUGGCUUUAUAGCUACUUUUCUUAUUGCAAUCAGCAUAUGGACUUCUUAUAAGGUCACAUGUGGCUCUCAACCAACUGGUGCUGUAGUGUAACCGGGUGGAACAAACCCAGUCUUAUCAGCUGGAAGUAGCAGGAACAAUUCUCAGUGUUCUGGAGAGAUGAUGAGUUCUUUAAGGACAUUAAUGGGACAUUUUUUGUUUUUGAAGGUGAUGUAUGCUUUUAAGAGUGGAUUUCUUCAUCAAAACUUUAUUGCCUCAGUGAACUUAAUCGGCUGGGAUCAAACUCAGAUUUUUCAGGAGUAAGACUGGUUUAUUAUAAGAGUGGAGUUUUGAUAUACUUGUCAACAAUGUCUGAUUGAGAAUGUUUACAUUAUUUAUUUGACAGUAUAUUAUGUUAUCCGGAUUUGAUUCAGUGCCUGUGAUCAAAGAAUAUUGUAAUUGAAAUUAGGUCUUUGAGAAGAACUGAUGCUGACCUACAGUAUUAUUAUUACUAUUAUUACACGAGUUGAAGUGUAUUUUUGCUUUUCCCAGUGUCUCUAUAUAUGAUAUUAUGAUAUGCAAAUGUAAAGUUUUAAGAAUGUAUUUUUGGCUUUCUAAAUGUAAGUCCUUUUGUUUUAUACACUGGGAUAAAAAGUCUCCUUAUGUUGUGUAUAUUGUGUUGUGUCUACAUUGAUUCAAAAUCAGAAUUUGAAUCAGAACAAGAUUUUUACUCAUCCUCAUGCCAUUCCAAACCCAUAUGACUUGCUUUCUUCUGUGGAAACCAAAAGAGGAUACUUUGAAGCAUGUUGUUAAACAACAGCUAGCUUUUAUUGAGUUCCAUUGUGUUUUUUGAUCAUACUAUGGAAGUCAAUGGGAACCGAAAUGUUAUCAUGUCAUGGCUGCCACGCCAGAGCUCACAGUCUGCCAUGUCACCCCCAGGGAAACCAUCUCACAGUCAGCCCUAUCACGGCUGACUUCCAUAGUAUGAUAGCUGGCUUACUCUGCCUGCUCUGUCACGGCCAGGUGGUCUCUCCAUGUCUCUGCUCUGCAAUGGCCUCCUGACCUGGGGUGGACUUAUGCUCUGCAGGCUUCACCUUGGUCACGAGCUCCGCUCUGGUCACCUGGUCCACUGGCUCCUCCGUGGUGGUCAUCUGCUUGCUCCCUGCCAUGGUGGUCUUUGGCUCUGCUCUGGUUUCCAGGCCUGCCAUUGCCCCACGGUCCAGGUCCUCCACUGCUCCAUUGUCCUGGUCCACCACGAUUCCAGGAUGCUGGUCCACCACUGUACCACGAACCUCUGCUCCACUGUCUAGAC